AUGUGCAGACAUGAAAAGCUGGAAGCGUCGGCAGUUGUCCGGUUCACAGCAACAGGCGUAGACCCCUGUGAGUCAGUCUCCAGAAAAGGAAAAGGCGUUUCUGGCUUGCUCUCGCUCGCCUUCGAUGAAACAGAUGACAGCGGCAAAUACGCAGCCGAGCCGGGAACAACCGCCCUCUGUGAGAAGGACCUGCGGCCGCGAGGCGCCGAGGAACAGACUCCGUUUCCUUCCGCUACGAACGGAGUUGGCGGCGUCGACACCGACAAGGGCAACAUUGAAGAGGUGAAAUCUGCGAGGAGGCGGCUCGCCAAGCAGGAACGGCUUCUGGUGUCUUGGCAGCGCGAGUUGGAAGUCCACGAAACGAAGCUGCAAGAAGUCCAGCUUUCCCUGGAGAAAAGAGACAGGUGUCUCCGGACGCGUCUGCUGGCGCUACAAGUGGAGACCGCUGAGGCGGCGCGGAUCCGGAAAGCUCACGAAACUGAACUGCAUGCAAUUCAUGCGUCUCUUCUGGAGAGACUGGCGGACCUGGCGUCGAGAGAAGCCUUAAAACGGCGCGAAGCAGAGGACGAUGCGGCCCACCGAAGGCGAGAGCAGGAACUGAGAGAAGAAGAAGAGAGACAAGAGAGAGAACGGAAUGCAUUUGAGAAGAAGGCAGAGGCGAAGGCGAAGGCUCUCGCAGAAGGAGAGGAAAAGCUGAAGGAAGCGUUGCUUCAGCUUGUGUGUCGCCAGCGUGCAUUGGAGGCACAAGAAGCUGUUUUCCAAGAAAAGGAAGAAAAACAAAGACAAGCUGAGGCAGCGGUGGGCGGCUUGAGGCAAGAGGUUGAGGCGCAGCGGGUGCGCCUAGCAGCAGAGAGAGGCGAACUCGAUAAACGCGACCGAGAGAUGCAAGAAGUGGAUGUCUUGAAAGAAGAACUGGCAGAGCAAAGGAAGUUGCUGAGAGAGAAGGAGGACGCCAUUCAGACGGCUCUCGAGCGUGAGGCGCGCGAGAGAGAACUCUGGACCAUGCAGAGGGUGGAGGAGAGCCAGAAAGGGCGAGAAGAGCGAGAGAUGCACUUGCGAGAGAGAGAGACGUGGAAGCGCCACAGCGACGAAGUCAACGCGAAACUGAAGAAGAAAGAGGACGAAUGCAGCCGCAGUACAGCACGAAUCCAGAAACUGAGAGAAGCGAUCGAAAGACUCUUUCAGAUUCAACAACAGAAGCUCGUGUGUUCUUCCUCGACUGAGCAAGACGCCGGCAAGUGCGAAGAGUCUCUCGCCAUAUCCUCGUCCUUCGUUUUCGCUCUGCUUCCGGCCUCUCCUGUCCUCCUGUCGCCAUCAGCAGUCAAUCGCCAUGCUCGGAAUCAGAGAAAUUCCGACGCUUCAGGCGGUGGAAAAACAACACAAGCGGCAGACGCAGAAGGAGCUGAAGAAGAAGACGACAACGAACGAGAAGAACGGUGCGCUCUCAAGAACUUGAAGGAGACGCUCGAGAACUUGACGGGUCUGUCGCUGCCUUCGCCAAGAGUUGCCGCCUGUCGCUCUCGUGGAAGUCCCGAUCGCUCGGUUCGUCGAAAAGGAAGCCGCCAAGUCCGUUCGUCUCAAACGAGCCUCUCGCCUUCGCGUGGAAGUCCGCCCAGUUUAUCCGACCAGACAAACAAGCAGAAGGACGAAGCGGAACCUCUUGAAAACAGUCCUUCUUCCUCGUCAAAGAGCGAAGAAGAUCCGAGGCAAAAGCUGGAAGAGACUGCGUCUCUCUUUUCGUUCUUGGCCCCCGCGCCGCGGCACUUGGACGCCGCAGCUGCUGAGCAGCUGCUGUUCCUCGAACUGGAAAUCCUUUGUCUUCUUCUUCCUUUCCUCGAGGCGCGACGCAAACUGCUCAGUGCUCAGCGCAGACUCCUUCGGCAUGGCCUCAUUCUUCACAGUGCGGCUGCCAAGCGAGCAGCGCGAGACAUGGGAGCAACGCAUCCAGAGACGAUGCAGAAAUGCGGAGACGCAAGGGGAGACAACCUCGACGAAACAUCGGACGACAUCUCACAAAAACUCAGCGAAGAACGAGAGCGCCUCGACGUCAACUUGAAAGCAUGGAACGCCUCAGCAAGGGCAGUCCGUUUUCUUCUUCCUCUGGUCGGUCGGCGUUUGUCUGCGCUUCGUGAGCGUUUCCGCCAGCCUGACGCCUUUCUCUCUUCCUCCACAUUCUCAGAGGCUUCUCGCAAACUUGCUUCAGACGCUCCGCGUUCAACCAUCUCUCCAGCCCCAGCAAAGUCGCUCGCCACUGCGCGUUUCGGGUCUUCGAAUGCGAAACGCAUGCAAGCAACCGACGAUUGCCCUCUGUCACUGUCGCACCCGUCUUCAUCGUGUUCUCCGCGUCGAAGGGCAAUCUUUUUCCCAGAUGCUCGGAUCUCUGAAGGACUUCCUUGUCCUCGGCAGGUAACUCUUUUGUCUCCUCAAGAGGCCCGCGCUGGGAGUGAAGGCGAGAGGAGACGUCCUGCGGAAUCCCCGACAAAGACAGAGAGUCUGACGGAGCAGAGGGGAUUGUCGGCAGUCGGCCUCUUCUCCUUUCGUUCUCUGGGGGGAUGCUGCGCUUCUGUGUCGCUUCAACAGCCAGGCUUUCUUCUUCCCCUUUCUGCUUUCCCUUAUGCUGGGUUUCUCUGCGACCAGGGAUGCAACGCCUUUCAGGAAUGCGGCGUUCCAGCCGCACAGGCCGCAGGCGAACAUUUCCGACGCCCUAGCGCGAAGACGAGAGUGGAGGAGUCUGUGUCUUCUCCCUGCUCGAAACGCCUUUCUGUGGAGCCCAGAGACGCGCCUUCUACACGAUUCUCAGAGGUUCCUGCGCUGCCGCUCUCCACCGUCUCGGGUAUUCCUCUGUUCGAUGCGACGUACUGGAACUAUUUAUGGGAGGGGAACAGCGGCAGACAGCCAGCAAGCCCCCUGUGGCUCGCUUCUCAACGCUCUUCUUCCUCUCCGAGCGGUGUCGCCUCUCACGCGUUCUCUGCGGUUCGACUCCAGGAAGGAGACAUUUCUGCCAAGCCUCCUGUGACCCCCCCACCUAGGAGUGCGGUGCCGGAUCCUGCGACGGAGGAUAUAGACCCUCCGCCUUCCUCCUCUUUCUCUGCAGAUCAGCAUGCGUCUCCGUCUCCCCUCGCUUUCAGUCUCCUCCCUCCUGCUUCUCACCCCUAUCUUCUUCCUCAGUCUUGCGAGCCACUACAUCUGUGCUCCUGCGAAGCCGCAGAUCCUCGACUCGGCAGCGGUGCAUGGCCUCUGCUGCCUUGCGGCUUCACAGGCUGGGCUGCAGUCACCGACCGCCCGCUGCGCGACGAAAAGGACUUUCCGAAGGAUUUAGGAAGCCUCUCAGAGACGCCAGGUGGACAGCGCAAAGAUGGCCGGGAGACGCAGCUGCCUCGCCUCAACAGCAUGCGUUUUCCACCUGUCCAGAAAAGCCGGAAUUCGAUUCACGAUCGCGAGCGACUCGGACACGCAGGUCUGCUGGGACGGUCAGGUGUACAUACACCCCGGGGAGCACGCGAGUUGGCCCCUGGCGGAAGUGCAGGAGUUUGCCGAGAGAUUCUGCAUGCAGGCGGAGUUCCAGGAGAAGCCUUGCGUUCUGCGGAAGCCAGUCUUCGACGCGGGGAGGAGGUGAACGCGAAAGACAGGACGGAGGGCAAAGAAGAGGUGCAGACUGCGGAUAGCGCGGUUGGAGGCGUCCCCUGCAUGUCAAGAAGGACGGUGGAGACUCGAGGCGCUUUCCGUGGAGAUUCGCAGCAUCCUCACAGCUCUUUCGGCGAUUCAGACAUGUCGAGACAACCAGGCGAGUUGCCGCCGUCUCUGCGCGCCCCUCUCGAGUGUAGGAGGAGACGCCACUUGCCCCCGAACUCUGCGCGCGUUGUGGAGUCUGCCGCGUUCUCUGUUCCCCGAGGGCGCCGGGCCAUCAGUGCGAGAGCACACAAUCCAGAGAGAGAGAAGCGGCCUUUGCAGUUUGCAGAAUGCCCGCCUCUCGCGUACGACGCCGGCGACCGACCGCUCGGCGGCGAGGAGUUUUGGGGGGGCAUUCUCCGACAGCGAGAAGAAAGCACCGCACGGAGACUGGCGAAGGGAGACGCAGACGGAGACGACCGUGCAGAAAGGAGGCAGAGAGCCGACAAAAUGGGGGCCGGGGCUCACAUGCACCUUUCAGGCCGAGUCGGCUUCAAAGUGCUGCCUCCUUUGCCACCAUCCACGGGGAGAGAAAUGUGA